AUGAAAAAGAUUAAAAACCGCGAAUCAAUCCACCCAGGUUCACGUAAGGCUGAGCAAGUUACAAGGGUAAACCUGCGUUUGAAUAAGCUGGAUCAGAAGAAAAAGGCUUUGAAUACUGAUAAGAGUAACAAGAUGGCUAGGUAUCAUUACUUGGCAAAUAGAAUAUCACAGCUAGAACCACAGCCUACAAGGAUAAGCCUGGAAGAUCUUCACAGUCUAGUUAUACAAUACAUUGAUAGAGAUGAUGAUAUUUAUAAUCAACUUAAAUCUGAUAGGGAGAUUAGAGAUAGUAAGUUAAAGAGAUACUCAGGCAAAACAGCUAGAGAGGGUGAAAUUGAAUCUAGAAAGGAGAGAGAGUUAUCAGAGUUUAAUAGUGGAUUCGUAGUACCAGAUUUAACUGAUAAUAUCACAAUGGAUUUGUUCAAACAAUUUCCAAGUGCUCGUAAAAUAUCAAAGAAAACAAAGGGGAAAACUCAUUCAAGUCAAGUGAACCAGGAUAAUUCUGAUAAUCAACAGCUAGAUGAAGAUGAAUUAUCAAAGCAUGGAUUAGAUUUCAAUUACCUCCCCCAGCUAAAGUUGAUAAGAGUUUAUUCAAAUGAUAAUUCUAGAUCUGAUUUAUUCCAAUCUGGCCAGAAUCCUAUCUAUAAUAAAUAG